AUGUCUGCUACCGAGAAUGUACUUCCGCCUGGUGAUCCCGCGCCCGAGCUACUCGACGGGCGUCUCUGGGUUGACGGCUGUUUUGACUUCUUCCACCAUGGACAUGCUGGUGCUGUAGUUCAAGCUCGGCAGCUGGGCGACGAACUCUACGUUGGCGUCCACUCCGACGAGGCCAUCCUCGAAAACAAGGGGCCUACGGUUAUGAACCUCAAAGAGCGCCUCCUCGCCAUCGACGCCUGCCGCUGGGUGACCAAGUCGAUCGCGCACGCGCCCUACGUCACGCAGCUCGACUGGAUAAGCCACUUCGGGUGCCGGUACGUGGUGCACGGGGACGACAUCACGUCGGACAGCGGCGGCGAGGACUGCUACCGCUUCGUCAAGGCGGCCGACCGCUUCCGCGUCGUUAAGCGCACGCCCUCCAUCUCCACCACCGACCUCGUCGGCCGCAUGCUGCUGUGCACCCGCGGCCACUUCAUCCACUCGCUCGAGCGCACCCUCGCCGGCCUCGAAGGGCCCGGCACCGAGGCCGAGCGCCGCGCCGAGGGCCAGGCUAUGACGGAGCGUGUCCGGCUGUAUGCGACAGAUGAGACGGCGAAGCGGGCUGGUGCGGAUGUCUGGUUUUGGGGCGCCGACAAUGGGUUCAGGGAGCUGUUCAAGGGUGUGGGACCGAAGCCGGGGCAGAGGGUGGUCUAUGUGGAUGGUGGGUUUGAUCUGUUUUCGAGCGGGCACAUCGAGUUCCUGCGGUUGGUGACCGAGGCGGAGGAGGAGCUGGCUAGGAAAGACGGCUGGUACUCGGAGCAGGCUGUGGACGAGAGGAAAGGCAAGGGCGCCGACUACGGCCCGGUGUUCGUCGUGGCGGGCGUCCACGACGACGAGGUCAUCAACAAGUGGAAGGGUGUCAACUAUCCCAUCAUGAACAUUUAUGAGCGCGGUCUCUGCGUUUUACAGUGUCGGUACGUCAACGCUGUCAUCUUCGGCGCCCCCUUUACGCCCACCAAGAGCUACCUCACUUCGCUUCCGUGGGGCACACCGGAUGCUGUCUACCACGGCCCGACAUCCUUCAUGCCCUUUACCGAGGACGUCUACACAGAGCCCAAGGAGAUGAGCAUCUACCGCGAAAUCGGCCACCACGAGUUCGAGGACGUCAAUGCCGGGACCAUUGUGCAGAGGAUAAUGAAGAGCCGAGACCUUUACGAAGCUCGACAGAAGGCCAAGGAGAUGAAGGCCCGAUCUCGAAGCUGCCCACAAGGAGCGCGAGUUGCUCGAGGAAGAGCAGCGCAAGAAGGAGGCGGCGCGAUGAAAUAA